GAUCCUUCAGCAAUAACAACACAACAAACACACAACAUCACCUCUCCCUCCCUCUCACGCACACAGCUGCACGCGCGUGCGUGGACACAACACACAGAGCAUGGGUUCCCUAGGCCCAACCACCAUUAGUAGCAUGAGCAGCAUGGCGAAGGCAGCAGCAGCCAGCAUUGGUACGAAGAAUAGCGUGGUUGCCGUCGCCGAUCAGCAGCAAGCUGCAGGCCAGAAGAACUGCGGCAGCUGCGCCUUCCAGAUGCCGCUGCACUACCCGCAGUACAAGAAGGCGGACUACGAGACCAUGCCGGAGUGGCGCGUCGACUGCCUGCUCCGCGAGUACGGCCUCCCCGUCACCGGCAACCUCGAAAGCAAGAGAAAGUUCGCCAUGGGAGCCUUCCUCUGGCCCGACCAGUACUGAAGGAACUCAUCAUGGCCGCGCUGAAUAUAAUAACCGACCUGAUGAGGUUGACAAGAGACCAAGUACAGUGGCUGGAGCUUCGUCAUGUGCAACGCUGCCUCUGAGUUCAUGAAAACAAUUAGGAGCGCCUUGUUGUUACUGUCUUAGCUUGCUGAAACGUCAAGUAUAGUUCUUGUUCUACGUACUGGCAGCAAUCUAGCUAGCAUUUCUACGUACUGACAUGCUGAUCAUCUAUGCAUGCUCUUGCGCUGAAUGAUAUAUGUAUUGCAUCUAUCAAUAUAAAAAUUAGUAAAUGUAUGCAUGGUGCCAGUUUCUGUUUUCA